UCAGAACACAUGUACGUAAUCUCCUUCGUGUAAUUUCCUUCACAGUUUUGUAAAUCACUUAAUAGUCAAAAUGGUACGUGAACGAUCUUGAUAAGUAUUGAGGUUGAACGUCAUCUCGGCCAUGAUAUUACAACCCGGAAGUGACAAUUUACGAGCUGGGGCUGUGUUUUGAAAAAUGUUAGCCUCAAACUUGUGUCUUUAAAAUCGAUUUCAUGUGAUUUUUAUCUUCAACUAUGCCCCGAUACUGCGCUGUGAAAUUAUGCAGAAACCGAGGCGGAGCUGCAUCUAAACAAGAAGACAAGAGGAUAAGCUUCUAUCCGUUUCCCUUGCAAGACAAGCCCAGGCUUCAGAAAUGGGUCCACAACAUGAAGAGGGAGGAAUGGACCCCGAGUCGACAUCAGUACCUUUGCAGCGAGCAUUUCACAGAGGACUGCUUCGACAUUAGAUGGGGCAUCCGCUACCUGAAGAACACGGCCAUCCCGACAACAUUUCCCUCCACUGAGGAUGAAGAGGAGAAGAGAUGCAUCACUUUUAAAAGAAGCCCCACACCGAAACCCAGGACUUUAGACAUCGAGGCAACAGGUUUUGACUCUCCUGUCAGCAAGAGGCCGCUCAUUUUAAGCAGAACUUCCAAAAAGGUCCGGCCGAGUACGACAAACAACCUUCUUGGCAAACACACAGAGUCAAUAAAUGAACGUCCUCCGGUACCAGACACCGGUACAUCGUGUACUUCAAAUCUCUCGGAGGUACAGGCCGCUGUUUGUCUGAUUCCAAAUGAUGGUGGAAAUUCAACAGUGUCUUGCCUGGCAGUGUCCCUUUGCAACGAGUCCCAUUUUGAACAUCAGACUGACUCAACCGUGACUGUGUUGUGCUGUGAGACAUUAGGCCCUCUCCCAAACGGAGAGGCAAACAUGGACACCGCCGCCCUCCAAGCAGCGCUGGGUCAAACUUUUAGUUUUGUUCCUGUGGAAAUGGUCAAAGAAGAACCGGCUGAGUGCCUUUCAGAAGAGAGGGGACCCGUCGAGGGGGAGCACGUCUCCCUAUACGAGCACGCGUACUGCAGACCGGACACGGACAAAGAUCAGCUCUGGAGUAGAAUCAUGAGUUUGAACGCAAAGAUUUUAGAGCUGGAUCGCAGGGAGGCGAGCACCGUGGACAAAAUCCGAGCUCUGGAGACGGAGAUCGCGCUCCUGAAGAAAGAUGGCGCAGUUUUUAAAGAGAGGCAGAACGUUUUGGAAGAUUACAUAUCAUCUGUGUUGAUCUGAAUCUAAAAAUAGUUGCAAAAUGAGAACUUUAAAAGAGAUUUUGUAUUUGAAUUGUGGAGUCGAUUGAGUCACUCGGUCGUUGAUGUUGUACAGGAAACUAAACAUUGUGUCUUAUUAAACUCUAAAUGGUACUGCA